AUGGAUAGGCAGCCGCCGUUUGACUCUUCGUCACCGCGGCAAUUGCCGGAGUCGCUCCCAGACUCGGCUUUGCAGAACAUAGUAGAUAACGAUGUUCCUGGGGGCUGGCUACCUGAUGAUCCCAUUGUUGACUGGAAUACCAUGGCUGAUUUCUAUUUUUGUGCAUCGGGACCCACCAAUCUGGAAAGGCCCCAAUGUACAGGCCUCGACUCAUCUCAAGGUCUCUCGUCACCAUCGGAAGGAAACAAUACGAACCCGGACACGUGGUAUUCAAGCGAAUCAGUUCAGCUUCCACAGGUCGGAAGUUUCAGAUCAGCAAUUCCCUCUCCGAAUCUUGGAAAUAUUUCACAGUGGCUUGAUGGAGCUUAUCGCCCGUCAACUCCUUGCAGUCAUUGUCGCAGACAUCGGCUCCAGUGUUUGAUUAUUCGCACCACUUCCGCAAAUCCGAAUCCCAUCGCGUCAUGCUCUAGCUGUGUGGCUCUUUUCCGAGAAUGCAGCCUUGCCAAAGGAGAAAAACGCGUCGCAUCUGGCUUUGAGACCUUCACUCCAGUUUUAGGCCAUCUACAUGGCCUACCUGAGGAUGCAGAAACUGGCACCGGGGAGGCACGAAAAGAGUCUAAGCAAUUCGUCAGAAAGGGGGCCCGGGUCUUGCGUGAAUGGUUCUAUCAGCACCAAGAAUUCCCAUAUCCAGACGACGACGAAAAGCGCCAGCUAUCUAGUGAAACUGGAUUCUCUCUAAAACGCAUAUCAACAUGGUUUGCCAAUGCCCGCCGACGACAAAAGCAGAAGAUUCAGUCAGCCAAUCUCUUAUCCGCCACCCGCUCCCGCGUCGGUUCGCCCCUAGUUACGAGCACUUUGAGCUCGUUGACUCCUAUGGAGCGAUGGCAAGCAUCCCCCCCAGAAGAUGAAUCUGUUUCAGAGUCCGUGAUUCAAGACGCCAUCACUUCCGGUACCGUCGAAUCCGAUCAUCCGAUAGAUCCAUUCCAACUCGAUGAAUCUACUAUGGACCUAUUCCACUUCGAUGAGGCAUCCUCUCAUCUUGCAUCCUCCAUCUCCAGUUUCGGAAGCAGAGCCUCAGAGACAUCUGACAGUAUCUCAUCAGCAUGGAGCCAUCAAUCAGGCCGAGAGGGAGGAAUGCCUUUCCCGCUGCUCUCGCAGACAAAGAAACCCCGCCACCGAGGCCAUUCGCGACGACAAUCAAACGUAGAAGAGCACCAAUAUCAGUGCACUUUCUGCACGCACUCGUUCAAGAAACGAAAUGAUUGGUCACGCCAUGAAAAGAGUGUUCAUCUUCAACUCGACUCCUGGGUCUGUACACCCAACCUCAUCGAACUGGAGCAACAAUGGAGCGCUCAUCUGGCCGAGUGCUGCUUUUGCGAUACCCCAUUGCCACUCGCUGCUCACUUGGAAGAGCAUGAAUUCCAUAUCUGUGCUCAAAAGCCUGAAUCUGAGCGUUCGUUCAGCCGAAAGGAUUAUCUUUGGCAGCACUUGCGCAAGUUUCACGCCUGCACCAAACCUCCCAUUCCUAGUCUCGGUGCCUGGUGUGGUACAGGUGCAAAUGCGCAAAGCCGGUGCGGAUUCUGCGACAUUACUCUGCCCACCUGGGCUGUUCGAGCCCAACACUUAGGGGAACAUUUCAAGAAUGGAGCACGCAUGGAUCAAUGGGAAGGUGACUGGGGGCUGGACCCGACGACCAUGGGUGUUUUGCGGAAUGCAGUUCUGCCGUCCCAGCGGGCUGUGGCCGGUCGCUCUUCUUGA